UCGUCCGUUCCACAGGCUCGCCAGGAUUGUUUUCUUUCCUCCUCUCGCUUUCCUCACCUUCCGACGCGUUAUCCGUCUUAAACUGCGCUCUGCUGCGGCCAACGUGGCUAACUGACGUGUUUCAAGGAGUCAUCGCUCGCACUGCCCAUCUGGCGCUGCCCGAAGCUCGCUUCCCCGCCUGGUUCGGGUAGCAAGGGCUGACACGAAAACUUGGCCAUCCAAGGCAUCGACCGGGACAGCGUGACGCGAACUUCUAGUUCACCAAGACAGCCGGCGGCUAUAGCUCGCGAUCGUAUUUCACAUCCAACAGUCUUCCCUAUUCUUCAAGUCCCUUAGUCAAGCAUGUCGCUCUUGCCCGCCGAGGUCAGCGCCCAACUGGUUCAGCUGCUCCAGCAGCUCCAGUCGGCCGACAACAAUGUCCGCUCGCAGGCCGAGGACGUGCUCCAGAAUCAGUGGACCAGCCAGCGGCCCGAAUGGCUCUUGAUGGGCCUGGCCGAACAGAUCGCGACGUCGACUAACCCGUCUUUACGGUCCUUCGCGGCAGUAAUCUUCCGCCGGAUAGCCUCCAAGACCCGAAAGAUUGGCAACUCGGACAACGUCGACAUGUUUAUCUCCCUCGACAAGGAGCAUGGAACCAUCAUCCGCUCAAAGGUCUUGGAGACCCUGGUGACAGAGAGCGAUAAGACUGUCCGGAACAAGAUCAGCGAUGCUGUUGCCGAGCUUGCCAGGCAAUACUACGACAGCAACGACUCGUGGCCGGAGCUACUCCAGGUUCUCUUCACACUCAGCCAGGCGCCGGAUGCUGGCAAGCGCGAAACCGCCUUCCGUGUCUUCGCAGCGACGCCGGGCAUUAUCGAGAAGCAGCACGAGGAUGCGGUGGCCCACGCAUUUGCUCAAGCCUUCAAGGACGACUCCGUCGCGGUUCGCCUUGCUGCCAUGGAGGCCUUCGCAGCGUUUUUCCGCAGCUUGAACAAGAAGAACCAAUCCAAGUAUUACGUCCUGCUCCCUGAAGUGCUCAACAUCCUCCCGCCCAUCAAGGAUUCCCAAGACUCCGACGAUCUCAGCAAGGCGCUCGUCGCUCUCAUCGAGCUCGCCGAAGGGGCGCCACGGAUGUUCAAGCAAGUCUUCAACGUUCUCGUCCAGUUCUGCAUCUCGGUGAUCCAGGACAAGGAGCUCACCGAUCUCUGCCGGCAAAACGCGUUGGAGCUGAUGGCCACGUUCGCCGAUUACGCGCCGUCGAUGUGCAAGAAGGACCCCAAUUACACCAAUGAUAUGAUCACGCAGUGCCUCAGCCUGAUGACCGACCUGGGCGAGGACGACGAUGAUGCGGCUGAGUGGCUUGCGGCGGACGACCUCGACGAUCCCGAGAGCGACCAGAAUCACGUUGCCGGCGAGCACUGCAUGGAUCGUCUCGCCAACAAGCUGGGCGGUAUGGUCAUCCUGCAGCCAACCUUCAACUGGCUCCCUCGUAUGCUGUCCUCUCCUGCCUGGAGGGACCGCCAUGCGGCGUUGAUGGCAAUCUCGGCCAUUUCGGAGGGCUGCCGGGACCAAAUGAUCGGAGAAUUGAAACAAGUCCUCGAGCUUGUUGUUCCUGCCUUGAAAGAUCCCCAUCCCCGUGUCCGUUGGGCCGGGUGCAACGCGCUUGGCCAGAUGAGCACAGAUUUCGCACCGACGAUGCAGAAGGAGUAUUACGAUGUCGUUCUCUCGGCCAUUGUUCCUGUCCUCGACUCGCCAGAGGCCCGCGUCAAAUCCCACGCGGCUGCUGCUCUGGUCAACUUUUGCGAGGAGGCCGAGAAGAGCGUCCUCGAGCCCUACCUCGACGGCCUUCUGACUGCUCUCUACCAGCUCCUCCAGAACGAGAAGCGAUACGUCCAAGAGCAAGCGCUGUCUACCAUUGCCACCAUUGCUGACGCGGCUGAGCAAGCCUUUGCUAGGUACUACGACACACUAAUGCCCAUCUUGGUCAAUGUCCUGAGGCGUGAGAAUGACAAGGAAUACCGGUUGCUCCGGGCAAAGGCGAUGGAGUGCGCGACCUUGAUUGCGCUCGCGGUUGGUGCUCAGCGGCUCGGCCCGGAUGCCGCGAUGCUCGUCCAGCUGUUGGCAAGCAUCCAGGAUACCGUGCAGGACCCGGAUGACCCGCAGGCCCAGUACUUGAUGCAUUGCUGGGGCAGAAUGUGCCGCGUCAUGGGCAAGGCUUUCCUCCCUUACCUACCAAAGGUCAUGCCGCCGCUGCUCGAGCUUGCGAGCGCCAAGGCCGACAUCCAGCUCCUGGACGACGACGAGCAGAUUGAGAAAUUUCAGCAAGAGGACGGCUGGGAGUUGGUCCCGCUUCGCGGCAAGACCAUCGGCAUCAAGACGAGCUCGAUGGACGACAAGCAUAUGGCCAUUGAGCUUCUUGUCGUCUAUGCCCAGGUCCUCGAGGAAGACUUUGCCCCCCAUGCAGACGAAAUCAUGGAGAAGAUUGCGCUGCCCGGCCUUGCCUUCUUCUUCCAUGAUCCCGUCCGGUUUGUGUCGGCCAAGCUCGUCCCGCAGUUGCUCAGUUGUGUCAAGAAGGCGUACGGGCCGCAAUCGGAGCAGCUCGCGGGUCUGUGGAACAAGACGGUCGAUAAGCUCCUCGAGGUGCUCACGGCGGAACCGGCUGUUGAUACCCUUGCCGAAAUGUACCAGUGCUUCUACGAGUCGGUCGAGGUUAUCGGUCGGCCGUGUCUCACCGACGCACACCUGGCUCGGUUCAUUGAGGGGGUCAACUCGACGCUGGAGGAUUACAAGGACCGUGUCAGCCAGCGCGAAGAGGAGCAGCGGGGCGCCGCACCAGAGGAUGUCGAAGACGAGCAGGAAGAAUUGCUCAUGGCCAUCGAGGACGACCAGACGCUGCUCUCCGACAUGAACAAAGCAUUCCACUGCGUCUUCAAGUAUCACGGCGCCAACUUCCUCCGCCACUGGGAACACCUACUUCCGACCUACCAGGGCUUCCUCAAGUCCAACGACCCGACCCAGCGUCAAUGGGGACUGUGCAUCAUGGAUGAUGUGCUCGAGUAUUGUGGGCCCCAGAGCAGCCAGUAUGCCAACUACAUUACCCAGCCGCUGCUGCAGGGCUGCCAGGACCCGUCUCCGGCGAUCCGCCAGGCGGCUGCCUACGGCAUUGGUGUGGCGGCUCGCCACGGCGGCGAUGCGUGGUCAGCGUUUCUAGGGGGGGCCGUCCCGUUCCUGUUCGGGGUCAUGCAGGUUCCUGAUGCGCGCAACGAAGACAAUGUGUACGCGACGGAAAACGCCUGCGCAGCCAUUGCCAAGAUCCUGCAUUUCAACGUUUCGGCUGUCGCUGAGCCUGACCAGGUCAUUGCGGAGUGGAUCAACACGUUGCCGAUCACCAACGACGAGGAGGCAGCCCCGUACGCAUAUUUAUACCUAGCUGAGCUCAUCAGCAAGCAACACCCAACAGUCACGUCACAGCAGCAGGCCCAGAGGAUAUUUGUGUUUGUGGCACAGGCUCUCGAAGCCGAGGCACUCAGCGGGCAGACUGUGGCCCGCGUUGUGGACGCGACCAAGAUCCUCUUGGCAGGGACGAACACCGACGUCUCGCCGCUGUUGCAGCAGUUUUCGCCGGAGGCACAGAACGUCAUCCGGGCGCACUUCGCUUAGAACCGGUGCGGCGGAAGUCAGUGUGCGCGCAUGUUUCAGCGCGAAUCGACGGGUCUUAGGAUAUGGAAGGCCGCCCAGCAAAGGAAGUGGCGGGCGUACUUGGAGACGGUGAACGAGGUUGAUAAGACGGGCGGUCUCUAACGGGAGCGGGUCGGUACGGUCAGGGUGCUGGCUGGGCGGAAUGAAGUACGAACAAUACAAGUACAAUGGGCGGAGGUCGUGUGAUGAUACCAUCAGUUGGCUUGACGAGAGCAACGGUCGCAGCGAUGCCGCGGAUCGAACAGUGAAGUGGGAUUGCUUCUAUUGGCUUCGCGGAGUAAGAAGUACUAGGAACCUGAACAACGCGGAAACUAGUAAGAAAGAUAACUGAAAGCGCUCCGUGUCUUGUGG